AUGCUAGACGGUGAUAUCGGAUUCUUCCUAGAGAGCAUCAACCCAGUCUCCGCAGCAGUAUCAGACCACCUCACCACCAUCGCCAAGCUCUUGACCCAAAUUGCGUACCCAGAGGACUACUUAAACCACAACGCCCAAUCACUCGUCCCAAGCCUCCGAGCAACCGCUGUGUCUCUCCGUCAGGACAAUGCAUCAAAAGCUUCUUCCGUCGCCUGCAAGCGCACAGCCGUCGCUGACCUCGCUUCCGCAGUCCUAGCAACCCACCGCCAGCUCCUUGAAACCGGCAUCCGCAUCCUCGAGCAGACAAUGCAUGGAGCUGUUGCCCGCGGCGUGCGCGCACGGGCAGAGCAUCUGGCCGUCGUUGCGAAGGGGAUGGAAUUGAAGCUUAGGAUAAUAACGCAGACCCAGACACCAGACGAGGAGCUGCUUUCAGCGCUCGAAGCGUACACCUCGCAUCUGGCGACUACGACAAAGGCGCUUCUGUUACGGGAAAAGACGGCGAAGGGGAUGCUGCAGCGGUAUGAAGCCGCUGGGCUGGGUAUGGAGGAUAUUGCUGCGAGGUACGCGAGGGUCUGCAAGGAGACUGAGGACGUCAAGGGGGAAAUAGAGAUGCUUGGGGCAAAGACGUGA